AUGGCAUAUGAGCUAUUCAAUGGGAGCCAGGCAUGGCCGUCUUCUCCAUUUGACCUCAAUGGCUCAGUGGUGGCAGCCAACAGCUCAAACCAGACAGAGCCAUACUAUGACCUGACAAGCAAUGCAGUCCUCACAUUCAUCUAUUUUGUGGUCUGCAUCAUUGGGUUGUGUGGCAACACACUUGUCAUUUAUGUCAUCCUCCGCUAUGCCAAGAUGAAGACCAUCACCAACAUUUACAUCCUCAACCUGGCCAUCGCAGAUGAGCUCUUCAUGCUUGGUCUGCCCUUCUUGGCCAUGCAGGUGGCUCUGGUCCACUGGCCCUUUGGCAAGGCCAUUUGCCGGGUGGUCAUGACUGUGGAUGGCAUCAAUCAGUUCACCAGCAUUUUCUGCUUGACAGUCAUGAGCAUCGACCGCUACUUGGCUGUGGUCCACCCCAUCAAGUCAGCCAAGUGGAGGAGACCCCGGACGGCCAAGAUGAUCAAUGUGGCUGUGUGGGGAGUCUCUCUGCUGGUCAUCCUGCCUAUCAUGAUCUAUGCUGGGCUUCGGAGCAACCAGUCGGGGAGAAGCAGCUGCACCAUAAACUGGCCAGGUGAAUCUGGGGCAUGGUACACGGGGUUCAUUAUCUACACCUUCAUCCUGGGGUUCCUGGUACCCCUCACCAUCAUUUGUCUUUGCUACCUGUUCAUUAUCAUCAAGGUGAAGUCCUCUGGAAUCCGAGUGGGUUCCUCCAAGAGGAAAAGGUCUGAGAAGAAGGUCACCCGAAUGGUGUCCAUAGUGGUGGCUGUCUUCAUUUUCUGCUGGCUCCCUUUCUACAUAUUCAAUGUUUCUUCCGUCUCUGUGGUCAUCAAUCCCACCCCAGCCCUUAAAGGCAUGUUUGACUUUGUAGUGGUCCUUACCUAUGCUAACAGCUGUGCCAACCCCAUCCUAUAUGCCUUCUUAUCUGACAACUUCAAGAAGAGCUUCCAGAAUGUCCUCUGCUUGGUCAAGGUGAGCGGCACAGAUGAUGGGGAAAGGAGUGACAGCAAGCAGGACAAAGCCCGGCUGAAUGAGACCACGGAGACCCAGAGGACCCUCCUCAAUGGAGACCUGCAAACCAGUAUCUGA